GACCCUUCGUCCUCCAAUAUUACUGCAUUUCUAGUGGAUCGAAGCACUCCAGGUGUCAGUCCCGGAGGUUUGCUAAACACCUUAGGAGUGCGCGGAGCUGGGCUCAUGGAUAUCAUAUUGGAAAAGGUUCAAGUUCCAUCCUCGAACAUACUGGGGAAAAUUGGAGGUGGCAUUGAGCUCAUUCAAACUGCCCUUGAUCGGGACUAUUUGAACUUGGCAGCUUCCUUAACCGGUCUACUGCGCUACUUGCUCUCAUAUGCGAAUGAGCAAUGCUUACAACGUCACCAGUUCGGUCGCCCGAUCGGAGAUUACGGUCUCGUUCAAGCAAUGCUGGCUGAUAUGGCCCUAAACCUGUACGCGAUGGAAUCUGGCGUGUCCUAUUUCGCGGGUCUUUUGGAUGCACAGCCGGCACGUGACUUGGGUUUGGAGGCCAGUUGUUUGAAGGUGUUCUGUUCCGAGGCCCUGUGGACUGCUGUGAACGCUUGCGUGCAACUUUCCGGACGAGCCGGGCUAGAACAAACCAAUCCGUUCAAUCGAUACCUGCGUGAUUGUCGCAGUCUGUUAUCCUAUGCGGGAACAAACGAGGUUUUGCGUCUUCGUUUAGCGGGAUCCGGAUUGCAGCACAUAGCCCAUGAUGUGGAUGAGAAACACAACAAGUUGUACGUCAUGAACCGCCAUCCUUGGCUGACGUUAAAAACGGUGAUGGAAAUGAGAGCUCGCAAACGGGGUCGUUAUGCGAACCAUGUGGGCGCGGGCCCCAAAGUAACCGAAGGUGGAGCGUCGCGCGCGUUAAAGAAUCACUUGCAUCCAAAUUUUGCCAAAGUAUCUACCGAUUUGGCGAUAUUGGUUCAACGGUUUCAAAGUCUUUCGGAGGCCCUGCUAAUCGCCCACGGUCAGUCUGUCAUAAACGAACAAAUGGCUCUGGGUCGGGUCGCCAAUUGUGCAACGGACCUGUUGCUAAGUGCAAUAUGCCUGGGAAGAGCAUCGCGGGCGAUCAGCAUUGGAUUACUACUUCACGAUUACGAGGUGAGACUUGCUGCCACAUUUGUGAAACUGGCCUGCAAACGAGUGGAAGCCAACAUGGUCGCGCUGGACGUGUUGGACAGUGAACGCCACCGGAUAGCCAGCGAGAUGCUGUCCCAUCGGAGAUAUCCUGUAGUUCAUCCUAUAACGCGUGUCUGGUAG